AUGUGUGUCUAUUAUUUUUUAGGAACAUCUUGCUUACAGUGGAACCAAAAUCCGAUUAUUGUUGCGGGAAAUGGAACUUUGGGAAAUAGUAGUAAUUUGCUGAAUGGUCCAUGGGAUUUUUCAAUUGACAGCUAUUCCAACUUAUAUAUUAGUGAUGGCUACAACAAUCGUAUUAUAAAAUAUGCAAAUGGCAGUUUAGUUGGAGUAUCUCUGACAAGUGGAACUGGUAGGGGUCUUAAUCAAGUUUGGAAUCCAUCGGCAUCAAUCAUUGACACGAAAGGCAAUCUCUAUGUUUCCGAUAUGUAUAAUUUCAGAAUAAUGAAAUAUGCCAAUAUUUCGUCAACAUCCAGAUCACCACCGAUUACUGGUCAAGUAGUUGCGGGUGGUAGUUUCGGAAAUGGUUAUAAUCAGCAAUGGAUCUCGUGGGGAGUAGCAAUCGACCCUAGUGGUAAUGUAUUUGUAUCAGAUUAUGGAUACAAUCGGGUGAUGAAAUGGGCUCCAGGGGCGAUCACUGGUAGCCUAGUGGCUGGAAUAGGAAACGGCACUGGGGGAAACAGUUCAAAUCAACUUUCGUGUCCGUUGGGUAUUUAUCUUGAUCAAAGCUUAUCCCUAUAUAUUGCUGACGCUUGCAAUGGUCGAAUUCAAAAAUGGUUAUCUGGAUCAUCAACAGGUAUAACAGUUGCUGGCGCCAAUGGCCAGAUAAAUUAUCCAACUGAUGUCUCUGUUGACAACUAUGGCAUAGUGUAUGCAUGGAGUGGCGGUGGUUUAUAUCGAUUUACUCCCGGCUCUACUUGGGGCACUAUUGUUAUUUCAGCUUAUAGAGUGGUUUUUGGCUUUAAAUUUGAUUCGAUUGGUAGUGUGUACAUUGCUGACUAUGGGUUGAAUGCGAUAUUAAAAUAUACUCUUAAUAGUACGCAAUGUAGUACGUAUUUUUGUUUCUCUAUGUUACUCAAUACCAAAGUUAACGCAUUUCUUUUUAUUUCACCAUAG